AUGUAUUACGCCACUGAUAGAGACGACAGAGUGCCCAAAAUCUACACCAAAACAGGCGACAAAGGCUUCUCAAGCACAUUUACUGGAGAAAGAAGACCGAAGGAAGAUCAUAUAUUUGAAGCCCUGGGAAACACAGAUGAACUCUCAUCAUCUAUUGGCUUGGCUAGAGAAUAUUGCCUUGAAAAAGGACACACAUUCACAUACCAGCUAGAAAAGAUACAAUGUAUUUUGCAAGAUGUUGGCUCCAAUAUCGCCACGCCUCAAUCAUCUGCAAGAGAAAGUCAUAUAAAUCGGACUCAAUUUACUGGAGCACCAAUAACAGACUUGGAAAGUUGGAUCGAUACGUUCACAGAUGAACUCCCACCUCUAACCAACUUCAUUUUACCUUCUGGGGGAAAGAGCAGCGCGGCCUUACACGUAGCUCGAACUAUCUGUCGCAGAGCCGAACGCAGUGUUGCUCCAAUAGUGCGCUCCGGAGAGGCUGAUCCAGAGAUUGGCAGGUUUUUGAAUAGACUAAGCGACUACCUUUUCACAGUGGCCAGAUACGCUGCCCUCAAAGAAAACAACAAGGAAAUCAUCUACAAAAGACCUGAGUAA